AUGCUCGCCGCCACCGCCGCCUCCCUUCGGCCUCCCCUCCGCCGCUUCCCGCGCGUCGCCUGUCCCCUGGGUGCCUCCCAUGGAGGCGCCCGUGGGGCGAACCCGCUCCUCCCCUGGCGCAGGCGGCGGGCGCUAGCCUGCCGCGCGGACCUGCAGCAGGACGCGCCGUUCGCGGCCGCCAUCGGCGCCUGCGUGCUCGCCUCGCUCGUGCUGCCCCCUCCAAGGCCCCGAGGGGAGGCGGGCGAGGAGUUGGAGGAGGAAGGGGAGUUUGGCUUUGGCGCGACGGACACGAGGAUGGCCGUGAUGGGGAUCAUCUCCUUCCUGCCUUACUUCAACUGGCUGAGCUGGAUCUUUGCGUGGCUGGACAGCGGGAGGCGGCGGUAUCUGGUCUACGCUGCCGUCUACUUGGCUCCGUACCUUAGAACUAACUUAUCGCUGUCACCUGAUGAGAGCUGGUUACCUAUUGCUAGCAUCUUUAUCUGCAUUUUACAUAUUCAGCUAGAAGCAGGCAUCAGGAAUGGUGAUAUCGAGAGUUUCAAGUUCAUCGAGAGAGCUUGGAAGCUCAUCUCUCCUCCUGCUGCUAAAGAGAAGGAUGACCACCAUGGGAACAAGAGAGGCUCAAUCGGAAUGGGCGACAGACACAAUAGGAGGAUACCGACGGCGCAUGAAUCCAGGGAGAGGCUUCGCAAUUCCGAAAUCUUCAAGAGGAAGCUUGAUGACCCCAACGAUGAGAAGCAAAAGAAGUGA